UCCCUCCCCGUCUCCGCUUUCCGGCCUUUGAUGUUUGAAAAAGGAAUGCCAAAGAAGAAGCAGAGGAAGAGGAGCUGUGCACGCACUUGUUUCAAUCGUAGCCUUUUGUGCUUGUGCCUGCUCACCAACCCCUCAGCCCACGGUUCCCCUCUCAGUUUCACGUGAAUCGAGGGCACAAUUGCAAGCUCCUGGAGUCACAGCCGAAAAUUGAUCAAGCGAACGGCCUCUUGUACCAGGACCAAGAUCAAAAUGGACGGCUCCAUGGACGGGCAUAUCAUAUCCGAUAUGGAAUUGGACCAUAUUCUUCGGGCUUUGAAGCCAUCCGAUCUGGAGGACAUUGGAGGCAAGGCUUGGAUUCAACAAAUGUCCAUGCUGGAAGAACUCAAUGUUCAAGCCGCUUUGGAGGCCAGGGAUGGACUUGAGGAACGAGUACGAGACUCUUUGGUGGAGCAUGAUAAACUUGGACUGGUAGUGAGAGAUAUGAUUCUGGUGGAGAUCUGGAGAGAGGAGAUCAUGCCCAGAAUUUUGCGACAGGGUCAACCAGAGAGCUCAUUCCAGCUGUACAUGGUGUUAUUCAAUGAGGCAAAUCUCUGUAACCUUCUAGAGACAAUUCUGUUUCACGGUUCCACAUGCCAAAGCUUGGAUGAGCGUGCCAUUGAUUUAGCAGACUAUUGCAUGCGCCAAAUCCACUGGCUAUUAUCACGAGAUCCUAAUCAGGAGCCCUCAGAUUUGGGUCGACUUCAUUCCAACGAGGCAAAGCUGGACACACCCUUAGUGGAAUUGGAACGCCACAACAAUGUGAUACGAUUUCAGGUUGGUUUGAAGUGUCUGACCAUUUUGCGGUAUUUAACAGAAAAUCUCGAGGAUCUGCCCUUGGGAGUGUCCACCCGGAUGGUUAUCACUCAUGAUGUUCCAAUGAGUUUGGUGUCCAUUUUGGAGGAAGAGCCUUGGACAAGAGAGCGUUCUGGUUGUGAGGAGACCUUUGAUGGUCAUCAGUGGAGGCCCAAGGAUGAGAUCCAAGGAAUCCAUAAAACAGAAGCUCAAGCUUGGUUGGCACUCUUCAAUCUACUUUCAAGACCCAAUACAAAUCAAAAAUAUGAGAUCCACGAUUACCGAAAGGCAGCUCUACUUCGAUUGCUAGGAAUUCUGUCUCGUCCAACGCCCAUGGAACUCCCAUUUAUCGAAUCCUUUCGUAAAUGGCUUCUUCAGCUUCAGCUAGGAUCCGUUCCAAGUGCAAAACCAGGUUUACUCAUCGAAUCAGUGGCCGAAAUCAAGGAAGGAUUGAUGAACAGGUAUCGUGACAAGUUUGAUUCCAUUGCCAGCGAUCAGUCCCACAUCUUCCUCAAAAACAACCAAGAACUUUUUGACGUGGAGAUCACCAAGUUGAUCCACACGUUCGAGAAUACCGCCGUUCAAAAGUUGUUGAAGGAUGAUGAUCCAACUCACAUGGAUAAAAAGGCAUGCGUGGUGUGCCAGUCAACUCCCGCCAAGAACCGUUGCUCAAGGUGUCAUUCCGAGUGAUAUUGCAGACGAGAGUGCCAAUUGAAGCAUUGGCCUAAGCACAAGGAGAUUUGCUCUCAAAGAAUGUCCGAUUAUAAGGCGAAAAAUGCGGGGGCUAUGUCCAAAAUAGAAGAGAUUUUGGCCACUUGAAGUGUAAUUGGGGCAUUUGGAAAGAUACUUACAGAAGGUGUUGAAAAUUCUUGUAAUUUUUUGGGGAAAGUGCUGAAAAUACAAAGAAGUCAUCAAAAUUUAUUGAGUGUGUGGCGCGGUGGGUUUUUGAGUGGUUUCAGAUCAAUUUGCCAUCCCAAGACUG